AUGACCCCCACCGACGAGCUCACAGCUACUGUAUGCGGGGCACUUGGGACCUUGUCGUCGGCCAGGAAGGCAGAUCUGCUGCUGGAAACCUCGCUUUCUCUCCUCGAAGCUGGCAGAUAUGGUGAAGAGGUCGAGAGCUAUCUGGAGGUCUACCUCCGUACGCCUGAUUUACCUAAGGCAAACGUCGUAAAAGCGCUUUCAGCGCGCGCAAACGCGAGAAAAGCAGCUGGCGAGCGGCUUCUGGCACGAGCUCAGCAAGAUUAUAACCCUCAUGACCACACAGGCAUCGAGCGUACUGCUAACGCACCCAUUCCCAUUCAGAGCCCCUUCUUUAAUCUGCCAGCAAGUCGACGAGCGCCACCAGAGAUCUGGGAGCAUAUUGCAACAUUUGUCCCCCGCUAUCACCUCCGCACGUGGUUCUUUGUCUCACCUUUUCACCGGGACAUCGCCGUACGAAGAAUAUUCCGCACGAUUGACAUGUACUUCGGCGAGGACCAAGAGAGCGUCAAUCGUGGACUCGACAUCUUCGAUCGCGUGAAGGCGGACCCUGGUUUUGCGAGUCUGGUGAGGACCUUGAGGAUACACUGGUCAUCUGAAGAGGGCGACAUGUUCGACUUGAUGUUGAGAUUGUUUCGUACGACCCUGCCCUCGUUCAAGGCUCUUAGGGAGUUUGAAUGGAUUGGGUAUCCCGAGAUGCGAGCGGAUAUGGUGCAAGCAGUCCUGGCCAGCCAUCCCCGUUUGCAGAGUGUCGGGCUUAUUGGAUGGCACUUCGACGCCGUCGGCGUAUCCGCCUUCCACAAUCUGCACAAGUUCUGUCUGCGGGCGGAAGACGACGACGGGUUCGCGGACAUGGGCGAGGUCCGGAGCGUGCUGGACCAAAACGCCGGCACGCUGCGGCACCUGACGCUCGGCGCGCAUCUGCAACGCACGCACUCGUGGGACCUCGCAUUCGAGUCCGCGACGCUGCGCGCGCUGACGCACCUCGACCUCGUCGACACGCGCAUCUCGCAUGCAGUGCUCGUGCGCAUAAUGCAUGCGUCUGCCCUGCGGUCGCUCACACUGCACGGCACGUUCGCGGACCCCGCCGCGGCGCGCGUCGUGUUCGGCAGCGACCACGUCAUAGGCGGGGAUCACGCGGUGCUGCCGCACCUCGAGGCGUUCCGCUUCGUGACGGUAGGGCACGACGACGACUGGGCGCUAUUUGAGGCGGUCACGAAGUUUGUGGGCCAGCGUCCGCGCCUGAGGCGGCUCGACCUGGGCAGCUGCCCGUGGGAGCUCGUGCGCGGUGUGCUCCCCGGCCUCGCAGGCCUCCGCGUAUUGCGAGUCCGCAUUGCGAACCUGUGCACGGAAGCGGUGGACGCAUUGAUACAGGCGGUCCCGAAGACGUUGCUCGCGCUGCAUCUCAAUACCGUGGUCUCGAAUGCGCCUCUGCACGAAUAUGCACCCGCAUUCAGCGUGUUCUCCACCCUGUCCAUGCUUCACUUGCGCUCGCAUUCAGCGCAUCGCCCACAGCCGAAUCUGCUCUCGGAAAAAGAAUUUACCAUGCAGACGGACCACUGGGUGACUAGUGCACGCGCCGUGGCUCUGGCGCUUCCCUCACUCGACUUUGUCGGGUGGCACGGCGAGCACUAUGUCGUCGUCCGCGCGGGAGAAAAGGAUGGGGGCGUCGAGCUGAAGGAAUUGCCUUCGCGCCGCAGACUCGACUGUGGGAAGGGCGUAGACCUGGGUGGUGAAGAUGCUGCGUGGUUGGAGAGGAAGGAUGUCCCGAUGGACUACGAGAUGACCGGUUUGGAGUCAUGA